AAAGAAGCGAUGAAUGAAAGCGAGAGGAAGGGGAAAACAUAAGGCGAAAAUUCCAAAAAGAUAGGGUUUCGGUGAAGGACGACGAGGGGAGACAUGGGGAGGGGGAGGGUUCAGCUGAAGCGGAUCGAGAACAAGGUCAAUCGGCAGGUGACGUUCUCCAAGCGCCGAUCUGGGUUGCUCAAGAAGGCGCACGAGAUCUCGGUGCUAUGCGACGCCGAGGUGGCCCUGAUCGUGUUCUCCACCAAGGGAAAACUCUACGAGUACUCCUCCGACACCAGUAUGGAAAAUAUUCUUGAACGCUACCAACGCUACUCUUAUGCUGAAAGAGCUAUUAUGGAAACAGACAGUGAGUCUCAGGAGAACUGGUACGGUGAAUAUCAGGACCUGAAGGCAAAGAUUGAGGCAUUACAAAAAUGUCAAAGGCAUCUCACUGGGGAACAGCUUGACAAACUGACACUAAAAGAACUCCAGCAACUGGAGCAACAACUUGAUACAGCUUUAAAAAAGAUAAGAUCAAGAAAGAACAAUACGUUGUUUGAGACAAUUGCCGAACUAGAAAGAAAGAAGAAGACGCUGCAAACGCAAAACAGUGAUUUGGAAAGAAAACUCGAUGAGAAGAGUCAUGCUGAGGCUCCCACCCAACAUAAUGAAACUGAGCAUCACAUUGAAGCACAAAGAAGCCCCUUAGCCAUACUAUCGCUAUCAGGAAACUCCAGCAUAAGCAUCGGGACAUACCAAGCUGCAGAGCCAGUCGUCGUAGUGGAAGAAGGGGAGCAACAAUUCCCAGCACAGACGAGCGGCGUUAACGUUGUUAUACCUCCGUGGAUGCUUCGCCUGUAAAGAACAUAAAACCUGCUCACGCAAAAUCCUGGUGCGAUAAUUAUUAUAAUAUCUAUGUACAGUAGACAGAGAUCAUGCAUCCACGCCGGUUAAUUACUUAUGUAUUGCCAUAAUGCCCUUGUAAUUUACUCAUGAACGCCUGGAAUGUAGAGCGUCUGUCUUUCGCUCUCCCCUCACGUCGAUUUUCCAAGCUUUUGGACACUGAGCUUGGUGAAAGAGAUUAACAAUCGGGACCUGUGCCUAUGAUCUUCAGUUUCUUUCUUUAAUCCUUUUCUGAGAUUGUGUUUGCACCUUGUACAAUUCCAUCUAUAUUGACAUAAUUCAGAGAUGUAUAACUUGGAUGCUGAAAAAACUUUGUUAGAUA